UCAAAUCUUAACGGUCGCCGCCGCCGCCGCCGCCUCGCUCAUUGGAGUGAAGGUGGAGCGCGCACGAAACAACAACAUCAACAACAUUAACAACAACAACAUUAACAACAACAUUUACAUUGCGGGACGACAAUGGACGAGGCGGAGCGACGCGAGAACGAGGAGGCGUUCGCGCAGAUGAUUGCGCGCCUGCAGAAGAUGCACGAGAACAGACGCGGGGGCAGCGUGGCCGCGACGGCGGCGGCGACCAACACGGAGAACCAGGAACCUAGCCUGGCACCGCGUGAUGGCGGAGGAGGUGGCAGUCGUGGCAGAGGUGCGGCCCUCGGAAGCGGUGGGAGAUCUGCGAUGGAUGAGCCGGCGCGGAGUGGAGGACUCUUUGAAAUCAUGGGGGUACCGAUGCUGUGGAAACUACCCGGCGUAUCCGCAGGCGCUGGAGGAGGAGGAGAAGGAGUUGGAGCCCCAGGAUCUGAUCAAUCCACACCAGAAUCCGAACAAUCAACACGAGAACCCGGAGCAGUUCCUCCAGCGCCUGGAGCCGACGUUUCGGGCGACACCAGCAACGGGUGCAGCAGCAGCAUCAUCGGCGCGACGGCUCCGUGCGGCGUGACCGCGGGGCCCGACGAAUGGCUCCGCUUCCUGAACCGCGAGCGGCUUCGUUGGGAGUCGAACGACCGCACCUCCAAGGGCCUCUUCCGUCUCUGCCUCCUCUACGCCGAGUGCCUGGAGACCGUGGACGCGGGCACCACGGGCAGCAACCGGAGCUACGCGGAGCUCCACGUGCAGUACGCGCAGCUGCGAGCGGCCCUCGACCCCGGUGAGGGCCGCGUUCAGUUCGACCACGCGCGGGUCGCCUGCCGCCGCGUGGCCCGCGUCCACGUGGCCGCCGCGCAGUUCGCCCUCGACCACGGGCCCGGGGUCGAGAAGAGCGCGUCCAUCCUGCGCAAGGCGAGGGAGGCUGGAGCCGAGCCGCGUUCCCUCCUCGACGAGGCGUUCAGGAGGCUGCGCGUCGGUAACAAGCGGCUCGUGUCGCCGGUACACGACAAGGAGAACGUCGCCGCUGGGUUUGUACCGCAGAUGGCGGCACCGACGCCGACGACGACGAAUCUUGCGCAGGUGCAGGGCGAGGAGAAGAGCGAUGGUCGGAGAGCGGCGAUGUGGGCCAGGCGAAUUGGUGGCGGUGGUGGCGGUGGCGGUGAUGCGCCUGUCGAGAUGAAGAUGCAGCAGAUGCAAAUCGGUACGUUGCUGCGUAACGCCGCGGACUUGAAAAGUAACGUGGCCACUCCGACGGUGUUACAAGCCAGAGAGAACUUGUUCGCGGCGAAAGCGGUGAGCCGCAACCUCCAGGUGAUCGCCACUCCGUCUGCCAGCCACAACAACACCGCCGCUGCUGCUGCUCCUGCUGCUCCUGCUGCUACUCCUGGUGGCUUCGUCCCGAGCAGCGCCGUCCCUGCGGUGGGCCACGGUGCCCGCCAGACGCCGCUUCGGAGCGCCGCGAUCGUCGACGGCUCGACCCAGGGCCGUGGCUGCGAGGACGGUGCCCGGCCUCUCCUGCCUGCGGUGCACGGAGAGAAGAGAAGCUCCUGCCGCAGCCAAGAGGCGGCGGCGGCGACUCCGAUACCAGGCGGAGGAGGAGGGGGAGGUCAGGAAUCCGAAGCAGGGCAGCGCAAACGUCCGCGGGGAUCAGCGCCUCUGUCCGUCCGAUUUCAAACGCGGGCAGCAGGACUCGGACGGACACCCGUCGGCCAAGCGGAUACAGCAACCUCCUCCUCCGCACAAGCCACCACCGCAGCACGAGCAGCAACGACAGCAGAAGCAACAACAACAGCAGCAGCACCAACAGCAGCAACAACAGCAACAACAACAGCAACAACAACAGAAGCAGCAACAGCAACAACAGCAGCAACAGCAACAACAGCAACAACAGCAGCAACAGCAACAACACCCGUGUGGACGGCUGAUCCUCAGCCCCGCCGGCCGGAGUCGGUCCAGGCGAAGUUGCAGGACCCUCCGGGAGGACCUCUCACGGAGCAGCAGCAGCAGCAGAGGCUCCAGGAGGAGAUGGCGUGGAGGGACGGCAAAGGGACCGUGACGGUGAAGGGGAGGCCGUACUGCUUGUUGAACUUGAUCGGCAAGGGCGGCGGCGGGAAGGUCUUCUCUGCGCUCGACAUGCAGCGGCGCGUCAUCCGCGCCGUCAAGUACGUGUCGAUGUCGGAGAGCACGGCCGAGAUGGCUGACGCCUACGACGAGGAGCUCCAACAUCUGAAGCGGUUGCAGCACCUGAGCGACAAGAUCAUCCAGCUGGUGGAGCACGAGGUGACGGAGCAGUGUACCUUGAUGGUCAUGGAGCUGGGCAGCGUGGACCUGCACACGUGGCUCCGUAAGACGGGGCGGCCCGCGCCGCACAAGCGGUGCUUCUUCUGGCACGAGAUGGUGCAGAUCGUGGCGGCCAUCCACAAGGAGGGCAUCGUCCACGGUGACCUCAAGCCGGCCAACUUCGUGUUCGUGGAGGGCAACAUCAAGCUGAUCGACUUCGGCAUCGCGAAGGCGUUGCGGGCCGACGUGACGAGCAACGUGAUGCAGGUGGCCGCUGGCACGCUCAACUACAUGGCGCCCGAGAUGUUCGGGAUGGCGGCCAAGGUGGGGCCGAAGAGCGACGUGUGGGCCCUCGGCUGCAUCCUGUACCUCAUGACUUACGGAAGCCUGCCCUUCCACAAGUUUAGCUACUGGGAGAAGAUGAAGUUCAUCUGCGACCACACGUGGGCUAUCCCAUUCCCCGAGGUGGACGACGACGACGAGCUGGUGGACGUUCUCAAGAGGUGCCUCGAGAGGGACAAACAGCGGAGGGUGACUGCGGUGGAGGUCCUGCAGCACCCGUACCUCAAGCCGCAGCGACGGGGCAAGUGAGGGGACUCGAAGGCGCAGCGGCGUUUUUCAAAAAUUUUCAGAGAGGUGGUGGUGGUGGGGGGGCCCACUUUCGCCCAUAAGACAUCGUCGGUGUGAGGGCCCUCCACACAUGUGACAUCAUUGUUGGGUUUGACAGCACGACGAUCAUGGUAGGUGUUUUGACAUGUUGUGUAUUGUCUGGGGCCGCACUCAAGGCCGCCACCAGGGGCCGUCUGGCCUGCGGGCCCUGCAAUGGAGAACCCUGGGCCAGAGGAAUGGAGAUGGUGAAUUUACGGUGAUAAAAAAGUGAAGGGAAGUGUGUGAGGUGUCUGGGUGACAGGUGGAAGUGCGUCUGAAAUAAUGUGGGCGGUGGGUAUACUGCACAGCAUGAAAUGUUUGGUUGGAGGCCCGGUACAAAUUACAGUUUUUUGUGGGAUAUUUUGUUGAAAAAGCCCUCCUGGAGAUAAAAUACUGAAGUGUGAAAAGUAAUGUAUUACCGGUCGCUUCACCUGCACAUCGAUUUGUAUUGCACAUUGUAGCUCUUGCGAGACUUGUGAUUUUGUCGCAUUACAUUUGCGUUUAAAUCGGCGGAAUUACACAUCUCAUUACUUAAACUGUCACGUGACAAGCCUCGCUCUUAACGCAGAGCAAGUUGGAAAAGUGUUGCCUCCCCCUAAAAGUGUGGAUCAAGAGUUCACUUGAACGGAUCUCAGAGGUAGCUCUAUGUUAUCCGGUUCCGCGGGCCAUCCUCCCAGCACAAGGGGGUUGCGCUGCUCUGCGAGAGAUCCGAUGGAUACUGAGAUGGCACCGGUUGUGCAAUCGGGAUAACAUUUGGGGUGGGGGGAAAGUGAUUAAAAUAAUAAACAUCGUGAGGAACCCCACACCUGAGCUCGCCCGGGUACUUCAUGGACUCGCUGUCAAUGCAACCAAAACCACGCAGCUCUCGUGCGGAGAUGCCCGCUGGCAAUUACAAAAACUUUCGACGUUCGUCGCCAUAAGCACGGCCCGAAUCUUCAUCGGCCAUGAUCAUCACAGCUGGGCCAAGGCCUCCCAUGGCCAUCGUCGCCCUCAACUGUUGCACGAUGCCACAACCACCCACCUCGUCGCAGCACAUGAGCUGUCAUCGUUCCUUGUCCACAGUGGUUGUCCCCUUGAGCUGUCUCCUCCUCUGGCUUCCAUUCCGUCACUGACUAUCCCCUUCCAUCGACGCGUAUUUCUGACAUCUUGACUGACGUCGAUGAAAUGUAUUACUUUUGUUUUUGUGCGUUGGUGUUGUCCUGUCGGUCUAUUCGUCUGCACUUACCAUCAUUUGUUCCACCACCUUUGUCAAUGUCCAUGUUUCUGAUCGAUGCAUCAUCGUGGGGAGUGCACCGAUUUAAUGCUUUAGGCUUCUGGCACGUUUCCAUGUUGCUUUUCACAUUCCAAAUUGACUAGUCAGCUUUCAUUCACCUAUUUAGUUAAUAAUUUCACCCCCCCCCCCCCCCCGGGUCUGUUUGCAGUCUGCCCCUCGGUGUAAAUACAUUAUACGUUACAUUUUGAUUUAAAGCUUUCGUGACUGCAGGGAUUCAUAUUCUUCGUUCUUUCGGUAAAGUCACGUAGAAGGGAAAUAUUAAUGUUUUAUAUUAAUAUUAUUUUAUUAUUUCCCUUCUACGUAACUUUACCGAAAGAACCAAGAAUAUAUAUUAUACGUUGUUCGAUGUGCAUCGUAACAAUUAUUUUUGUUUGCAUAGUACAGCCUUAUAACGGAGACAUUCACAAUAUUUUAGAAUUGAGAACAGUUAAGAUUUUUUUCACAUCGCUCUCACCACGCCGAGCAGAAAUUACGUGGCACCCGAGUCCCAGAUUCUGCACCGUUUCUGCUCCAGCAGAGCACUGCAUUCUAAAGUUGGCUCUUGAUUUUGAGCGGUGUUUUCAUCUGACCUGUUGUAUUGCUUUUUAUAUAAAAUUGUAUCACAUGAACGUGAUAUGAACGCUAUUAUAAUUUGGGCGUUUCAUUAAAUAACGGGGUUUGUUAAGAGGAUCGAUAUGCCGGGGUGCGAACCAUCCAUGACUUAGCCCGGCAUUUCUAGAACAUGCUGGACGAGAGAGCUGUGAUAUUCGAUCAUAUGAAAAAUGUGUUCCUCGACUGAUAAUUAUCGGUUCGAUUACUCAACCAAUUGAAGACGAUUUUAUGGACUUGGUGACGUCAUCGUCGAGUGGGGGUUUCCGACCUUCGUCAGGCCCAAGUGAUUGGUCACGAAACUUUUGUGGGACAAUUAUCAAAAUCAUCCCAGCUCUACGCUGCGAUCAACGCGCUGACCAGAUGGAGGUGUACCCACACUUUACCUCGUCAUAAACCAUAAACCUCCCACUUACUGUAUAUAAUUUUGUUUUAAAACACAUGGCAUUGGUUAAUAUAAACCCUAUUGAACGUUUACGAAAAGAGCGGGUUUGAUUCAAGAAAGCUUUCAUGGUGAUACAAUGGAAUGUACAUAAUUCUCUUUGGGGAUUCACAAACGUUUUCUCUGCAUUGUAUAAAACAGCUGUGAAGUAACAUGACUUUUCACACAGUUCUGUCAUUGUUAUCCGUUAAGUUUGCAAAACGAAAUUCCACUAUGACUCAUAGCGGCCAAUGUUAACCGUUUGACCGCAUACCGAUUUUUCAAAGCAAAAAUCGCGUCAAUUAUUUUCAACUUUUCAAACAUUGUAAAAUGAGCGCUGUGGAUUCGCUUUGAAAAAUAGGUGCGUGGUAAAUGUUCUUAAACAGCGGUCUACUUGCCUCUCUCUGUCUGCUAUGAAAGAUGUACGUCUUUUUAGUUGUGUAAAUCACUGGGGAUACUAACAUUUUUAUCACUGGGUGGUAUAAAAAUUCUUGCCUGUUCAGCAUACGCACAUUUCCUGGGCAGUGUAACAUGUCACUGAUCGCAUCUCAUCACCGUGGCCAGUCAAGACCUAUCGGCAAAACAAAAACGCGAUGAGCAUUUUAGUAAGCUUUACAAUUUACUGAUUGUUACGACUCUUACCUCUUGUAUCAUGAUGCACGUUUCGAAUAAAGUUGUGUAAAUGCUGGCUUCAUGAAGCAUCCGCAUAUAUAUACACGUGUUCUUCACUCGUUUUCACAAAAGUGUGAGGGCCGCCACACAUUUGAAACCAUUCCUGGGUUUGACAGCACGAUGAGGGGAUGAUGGGGGGGGGGGGGGGUGUUUUCACAUUUGCAUAUUGUCAGGCUCCGCACUAAAGGCCAACGAGGGCCAGCCAGUGACCCGCGGGGCCUUGCAACGAAGAGCACUGGCGCACACAACAAUGGAUUCUUGUUACAUUUGUAGUGCAGUUCACU